AAGACAACGAGGAGAAGUAUGGGGAGGUGUGGAGUCGUACCUGUGCUCGUACUUCUGGUAUAUCCUGUAGCACCUUACCUACCCCACAACGACUGUGGGGAUCCCCCGCCGAUUGCCAACAGUUACAGGACAUUCCCUGACAACAGCACCGUGGAGUAUUGGUGUAUGGACACUUACUUUCUAUCAUCAGGCGACUUAGUCCGGGAUUGCAUCAAUGGAACAUACACUGGAACGUCUCCUGUGUGUACAUUGGACUGUGGGCCUCCGCUUAACACAAGCUACGCCAGCAUAAACUCUACUGGAACUAAAGCAGGAGACACGGUGACGUACACCUGCCCCAACGGUUUCCUUGUAUCCUCAACAGACACUGAAUGCAGUGGAUCAUCUGGGUACUGGUUGGCUGGGGACAGAUGCUUUGCAAAUGUCAGUUUAGAUGUUACACCGUUCACUGCGACACAGACAUCCACUGCGAAUUUGACCGACAUCCUCAACACAGUUAUUCUUUCCUCACUGUCACCGAAUUCAACAUUUGAUGCUCCUAACGCCGUGGACCAAACAAACCUGGCAUUGAAUCUUCUCACCGGCGGCUGUAGCAGCACUAAGCUUGAGCAACGUCCUUCUAUGACCGUCACUCUUGGCGACUACUACACCAUCUACCAAGUAGCUGUGACACUACCGAAUGAUGACUUUGCUUUCUCCAUCCCAAAUCUGAUCGUGAGGUCUGCCAGUAGUCACUCUCACUUGGGGUCCCUCUGUAUGAAACACAAAGAUACUAUACCCGCUGGGUCUAGGUUCGUGGCUGUCUGUUCAGGUAAUAGGUAUCCAGUGCCUGGAAAGAUUCUACGUUUCGAGGUGGACUUUGGAAACAAUCCUGGCAUGUUACAGAUAUGUCAAAUUGAGGUGUAUGGCCGGCCUGUAAUAUCAGUCGAUUGCGGUCAGCCUCCUGCAGUGCCAUUCGCAGUGAUAACAACCCCGCCGUCAUCAACGUUCUACAAGCUCGCCGACGAGGCCGUGACAUACGAAUGCAUCGAAGGAUACACGAUGAAAUCUGGCAAGGGAACGGGUUACUGUAAUUCCCGUGGUAACUGGGUUGUCAGCAUUACAUGCACAGGUCAGCGUUGA